AUGGUCUCAGGUUCUCGGCUAGCUCUGGGUCCAGUCUACUUGAUUGCUAUUCAAGUGGUCUCUCGUGCCCUCACAUUCCUAGCAAACCAAGUUCUCUUGAGACAUAUCACCCCUUAUGCAUUCGGCCUUGCUUCGCAGAUUGAGUUAUAUUCAAUAACUGUGCUGUUCUUCUCGAGAGAAAGUAUCAGACUAGCCGCACAGCGUCAGCCACCAGAUAUUACAAAGGCUGCUGACAUUGACUCAACAGAUAAGCGGCCUGAGAAUGCCAAAAACCAGGAAGAAAACGCAGGAAGCCAGGCCGUUGUGAACAUUUCGUAUGUUCCGAUAGCACUCGGUCUUCCGAUGGCAUAUGUAUUUGGCGUGCUCUAUCUAAACUUGGGCCAGAGCGAUAGGACGCUUGGCCAUAUUGAAAGAAUAAGUUUCUUAAUAGUUCAAUUGGCCACUGUUUUGGAACUGCUAUCAGAACCUCUUUUUGCCGUGGUUCAGCAGAGAAUGCUCUAUGGUACAAGAGCAAAAGUGGAGAUGAUUUCUUCAGUGGCUAGGGCAUUCUUUAGCUGUGCUUCUGUAUUACUUAUCAGCCAAAGUUAUGAGGAUGCAGGAAUCCUGUCUAUUGCCCUUGGCCAACUCGGAUACGCCACCUUCUUGCUUGCUGGGUAUUUUAUUUGCGCUAAGCCAAUAUCACAGAAACAUGCGUUCACUUUGUAUCCUGUUCGUAUUGCCUAUAUUAAUCACCCCAACCAUAUUUUCUCUUUUAUUCCACAACAUUUAUUGGCAUUAAGCAUGAACUUGUAUAUGCAGUCGGUUGCAAAACAUGUCCUCACACAGAGUGACUCAGUCAUCCUUGCGUCGCUGGCAACCCUGGAGAUUCAAGGACAGUACGCGUUGGCUUCAAACUAUGGUGGCCUAAUCGCUCGAAUGGUCUUCCAGCCCAUCGAAGAAUACAGUCGCAACCUUUUCAGCAAACUUCUAGCCAUAAGAGAAAGUGGGAAGAUUGUCGAUAAAUCAGUCAAGGCAGUAAAGUUACAAUUCAUCGACAUCCUACGUGGAUACAGCAUACUUUGUGUUUCAAUUUCUGCCGUCGGUCCUGCAGCUGUUCCUCUCGCGAUAAAGCUAAUUAUUGGCUCCCAUUGGGACUCUCCCGAAACCCAACAAGUUUUGUCAUUGUACUGCUAUUAUAUACCAUUUUUGGCAGUUAAUGGCAUUACCGAAGCAUUCGUCUCCGCUGCAGCUACCAACUCUGAGCUACGGUUACAGACCAAAUGGAUGGGGAUAUUGUCUGCAGUCUUUGUCGUCGCUGCAUAUGUGUUUCUAAGAAUCACACAGUCAGGGGUAUACGGGCUUUUAUGGGCGAAUCUGGUUAAUAUGGCUGCCCGUAUAAUCUGGAGCAGUUUCUUCAUUCAGCGGUUUUUUGAGAAACAUGACAGCAAACUCCAUGCCAGGGAAAUUCUUCCCAGCUUAGGUGUCUGCAUUGCAGGGUCUAUUGGCUGGUUAUUUCUGAGAUAUUCAACCGUUCCUGGCGGCCUAGAUCUUGAAAACCUGACUAAAGUAGCAACCGCAGGAUUGUGUGUUGGUUCUACCAUGUAA